AUGACUCCGCUUCCUGAAGCUGCUCUGCAAGGAUAUCAGUCCAAGACCUUCGUUUACAAGUCAACGAGCGAAGGUGACAUCUUGUUGGACGUACUUUAUCCAAAAGAAUGCGAUGGAACACCACAAACAGUUGUACUGCACUACCAUGGGGGCUACCUUGUCGUUGGUGACCGCUACGCCUUCUUCCCGUACUGGCUAUUCAGAGCCUGCGUGUCUCGCAAAUGGAUCUUUGUCACUCCAGACUACCGCUUGAUGCCAGAAUCUACAGCCCACAGCGCGGUAGAAGAUGCUGCCGAUGCGUAUGAAUGGGUACUUUCAACAUUGCCUAGCCAGCUUGGAAACAAGUUGGGCUCUGUCCUGAUGGCGGGCUCGAGCGCGGGAGGAUAUCUAGCUCUCACCACUGCAACACUCGCCCAGACCCAACCGUCGGCACUACUUUUAAUCUAUGGCAUGCUCGACGCAACAAACAGUCGCUAUACAACACGCGGCACCAACAUCUUCGGGCGUCCUACCAUUGAGACAGGAGAUAUUUUGGCAAAGUUUCCCCCGCACAAGGAUGGCGACUCUAGAAAGAAGAUCUCAGCUUACCCUGCACCCGCGAACCCCGAAACUGACCUUCGCUUCGGCCUCAUGUCAGCACUGCACAUUGAUGCGCUAUUUCUUGACUAUAUGAGUGGCAUUGAUGGGCUUGGACAGGCAGUCGCUUCUGGCGGCGUUGAAGCCAUCCCAAAGAGCGAAAGGAUCUUGUUUCCCUUGACUUUUGGCGAUCUCUCGAAGGUGCCACGCACCAUGCUCCUGCACGGAAGAAAUGACUCAGCAGUGCCUGUGGAACUGAGCCUCACGGCCUGGGAAAAGCUGAAAGCGGCCGGAGUUGAGGUACUUGCUGAAUUACCAGAAGAUGCGGAACACGGGUUUGACGCCAGAGCGGGCGAUGUAGACGUUGAGUCUGCCGAGGGUGAAAAGACAACUGCAUAUGAAAGCCUGAGGAAGGCUAUCACCUUCUUUGACACCGUGGUUUCUGUGUAG